GAACGAUUCUUACCAAUUAAUGCUGCAAGACUGCAUGUUGCACUGGUCUCCUCAAAACCACGGCCACGCUUAGUCUCCAUCUGUACCAUUCUAUAAAGUCUAAAGAGCUAGCAAGAUGUUGGAGGUGUUUCCUGGAUUGCUGUUAGGCAGUGAGGGAGAUGCCAUGGCUGUGCUGGCUAGGACACCCUCCAUCACCAAGCAGCACACUGUCACUCACAUACUCACCAUCUCAAAUGAGUCGCUGGACUUGAGCGAAUCGAAUGCUGUUCUAGUGGAGAGUGAAGGGCGUGCUGGUGUGGAGAGUGGAGUGGGUGAUGGUGUGGAGAGUGAAGGGCGUGCUGGUGUGGAGGGUGCAGUGGGUGAUGGUGUGGAAAGUGGAAUGGGUGAGAGUGGAGUGGGUGAUGGUGUGGAGAGUGGAGGGCGUGAUGGUGUGGAUGCUGGGGGUCAUGAUGGUGUGGAGAAUGGAAGAAAGGACGAUGUGGAGGGUGGAGCUGUGAAGGUUGCUAGUCCACCCAAGAAGAUGUUGGUCAAGUUUGUGUGUUUAGCAGACAUGCCAGAGAGUGACUUGCUGCAUCAUUUCCUACCCUCCUGCCAGUUCAUUCAAGAGGGUUUAAGAACCGGAGGAACGGUCCUGGUACAUUGUGUGUAUGGGAUAUCUCGUAGUGUUACCAUGGUGAUAGCGUAUCAAAUGUGGAGCGAGCGGAGGUCACUCCAAGUGGUGUACGAUGAACUAAAAAAGAAAAAACCAGAAAUAAGACCCAAUCCUGGUUUUUUUGAGCAGCUCAAGUUAUGGGAGGCCAUGAGAUGUUGCUAUGACACUAGUAAUAAGCAUUACAAAGCCUAUCGCCUCAAGACAGUUGCCAGAGACAUGAGAGAUUCUGCUUAUACUGAGAAGAUUGGACUGUCUCCUGACCCUUCCACCAACACCAUAGACUCCAGUGCUUACUACAGAUGCAGAAAGUGUCGCCGUCUCCUGUUCACUGACGAGAGUGUCCUCCCUCACGAGGUGGGUAAAGGAGAGGCUGCUUUCAAAUGGUAUAAGAGGACAAAGCAAGGGCAAACUCCACCCACUCAAUCAGAGGUGGAUUAUAACGAGCAGGGGCCCACUCAUGAUGUGUGUAGUUCAUGGUUCAUCGAGCCAGUACAGUGGAUGGAAAGCUCUCUACUGGGCAAAGUGGAGGGGAAGAUUCUGUGUCUCAAGUGCUCAGCUCGUCUGGGGUCAUUCAACUGGUCAGGUGAUCAGUGCUCGUGUGGGCAGUGGGUCACGCCCUCCUUCCAGAUACACAAGGCACGAAUAGACGAAACCAGAACACUCACGAGGAGAAAAGUGGACAAAACUGUAUAGCUAGCAAAUUACUGAAUCAUUGUCCAAAUUCAAACAUUAAUUUUUUUCGAUCA